UAUUAAAUAAAAAAAGUACAACACCGUUAUCUUUUGCCGAAUAUACAAAAUACGAAGGCGACGAGAUUUUCGACAAUAAUUUUAAGUUGCAAUUAAAUUUUUUAAUUAGUAGUAAUUAACCGUUAAUUAAAAGAUAUGUCUAAACAAGAGUUUAUUCAAUGGAUAUGUGAUAGAUUAUCUGCAUUAUUGCAGUUUGAAGUUCAAAAUGAGAUGGCUGAAUAUAUACUGUCAAUGCAGUCAGAAAAAGAUUUAGAAGAAUACUGCAAUUCUUUAUUAGAUCUCAAGUCGUCGAUACACAAACAAUUUCUGAGCGAUUUAAAAAAGAGAUUUCGUCUAUUGAACCAAAAACCUGCAACCGGUAUUCAAGGGCCACAUAUCAAACUAAAUCAACCUAAAAAUAAUAAAAACCAAGACCAAACAAAAGAUGCUGAAAAAAACCCACAAAAAUCCGAACCAAAAUCUAAGAACAAAAAAUACGUAAACAUAUUUUCAGACGAAGGAAUCAAUCAACAAGAAAUAUUUUUAAAAGGGCGUCAUAAGUGUGACUGCCAAGCAUCGAAACACGGUUUGAUCAAUAACUGUUUAAGUUGUGGCAGAAUAGUAUGUAAGCAAGAAGGUUCUGGACCCUGUGUUGUUUGUGGGGAAUUGGUAUGUUCAAAUGAUGAAAAACUUUUGCUUAACUGUAAUAAUAAUAAAUCAAAAGAACUUUACAAUCAAUUAAUCGAGCUAACAGUUCAGGCAAAAAGUGAUAUAAAAGCCCUUGAACAUCGCAAUAAACUUUUGGAAUAUGAUCGUACCAGUGCUAAACGUACCAACGUCAUAGAUGAUCAAAUGGAUUACUAUUCAGUUAACAGUGGAUGGCUGUCUGCCAAGCAAAAGGACCAAAUGAAAAAAAAAAGUGAUGAACGACAAGAAAAGCUACAUGGCUCGCGAAGAGCUAAAAAAUUCACUAUAGAUUUUGCUGGAAGACAAGUGUAUGAAGACGAGGAAUUAGAUGAUGAAGAAAAUGAAGAUUCUAUGAAUGAUUGUGAAGAAUCGCAGUUUGUUGAAAUUAAUGAACAAAUAAGUAAUCCAUUAAUAAAAAUAGAUUUAAAGUUUAAUAAUAAUUGUAUAAAAACUAUCAAAAAAAAAAAUUCUAAUCCAAAACAAUUAUCCAUGCAAGAAACCCAAGGAAUAAAAAGAGUUCAAGACGCUGAAUUAAUGUUAAUGACAGAUUCUGGUAUGUGUAUGAGUAUGCAUCAGCCAUAUGCUUCACUUCUACUACUCAAUAUCAAAUGUCAUGAAGGUCGGUCUUGGUAUACUUCUCACCGAGGAAGAUUAUGGAUUGCCUCGACUUCCAAAAAGCCAACUCCUGAGGAAGUUGAACGGCUAGAAUCAUUUUAUAAAUAUUUAAAAGGAGACAUGGAAUUCCCAAAACGAUAUCCAACCAGUUGUUUAAUGGGUUGCGUUAAUGUCGUGGAUUGCUUAUCACAAGAAGAAUAUAUGGAACAAUACCCACAAGGGGAAUGUGAAAGUCCUUUUGUGUUUAUAUGUAAAGAUCCAGUCAUGAUGGCUAAUCAAUUUCCAAUCAAAGGACAACAUAAAAUAUACAAAUUAGAUGAAAAAAUUCAUACUGCUGCCCAAAAAUGCCUUACAAAGCAGAAAAGUUGAAUUAUAUUCUAUUCAUUAUAUAAAUUAGUUUCUUUUUCAGAGCAUCUAUUUCAUUCAAGAAGACAAAUGGUUGAAAUUAAAUAAAUACUUCAAUGAAAGUAAAUGUAAUGUAAUAUAUAUAUAUUUAUUUCCUGUUCUAUAAAAAC